UGCCAUGACGCGCGCGCACACGUCCGCUUCGCGUCAGCCCUGUGCCGGAAGUGACGUGUCGACGCUGAGGCGUUGUGUAUGCGGAAGUGAUGGACGCGGCUUGUGUUUGUGUUCCUGCCGGAGUCUGAAGCGUCGCUGAAGCUGCGUGACGGGAUGUCAGGAUGCUGGAGUCCUAUGUUUCUCCUCUCUUGAUGAGUUAUGUGAACCGCUACAUAAAGAACCUGAAGCCGUCGGACCUGCAGCUGUCACUAUGGGGCGGCGACGUGGUUCUGAGCAAACUGGACCUGAGACUGGACGUGCUGGAGCAGGAGCUCAAGCUGCCCUUCACCUUCCUGAGCGGCCACAUCCACGAGCUGCGCAUCCACGUGCCCUGGACCAAACUGAGCUCGGAGCCCGUGGUCAUCACCAUCAACACCAUGGAGUGCAUCCUCAAGCUCCGGGACGGAGCCACGGAAGAUAAUGAAAGCUGUACGUCGAGUUCGACCAAUCGCAGCACCUCUGAGAGCUCUAAGGCCGCGUCUAAACCUCGACGGGUGCAGCAGGCCCCCAGCGACCCUGACCUGCCCCCAGGGUACGUGCAGAGCCUGAUUCGGCGAGUGGUGAAUAACGUCAAUAUCGUGGUCAAUAAUCUGAUUCUGAAGUAUGUGGAAGAUGACAUCGUGCUGUCGGUCAACAUCACGUCUGCGGAGUGCUACACGGUGGACGAUCUGUGGGACCGAGCCUUCAUGGACAUCGUCGCUCCUGAACUGGUCCUGAGGAAGGUGAUCAAUUUUUCCGACUGCACCGUGUGUUUGGAUAAGCGCAAUGCCAGCGGGAAGAUCGAGUUUUAUCAGGACCCGCUGCUCUACAAAUGCUCCUUCAGAACUCGUCUUCAUUUCACCUACGACAACAUCAACGCCAAAAUCCCUGCCGUCAUUAAAGUUCACACGAUGGUGGAGAGUCUGAAGCUCUCUCUGACGGACCAGCAGCUUCACAUAUCCAUCCGUCUCACUGAACUACGGAUAGAUCUGCAUCAUCGAGACGCAGAGAAGGAGGAGAGCGGCUCGCUUCGAGAAAGUGUCUCCGGUCUGAUGGACGCGUCCGAUCCGGCUCUCACGGGUCAGUACUUCCAGGGCGAGGAUGAGGAUCAAGGCUGGAUGUCGUGGGCCUGGUCCUUCGUCCCGGCCAUCGUGAGCACCGGAGAGGAGGAGGGCGAGGGCGAGUCUGGCCUCUACACGGACACACCGGAGUCUGGAGCCGCCCGCCCCCCGCAGAGCUCACCCAGAGACCCCAUAGUGUCUGUCGGCUUCUACUGCACCAAAGCCUCCGUCACAUUCAAGCUGACAGAGAGCUGCUCUGAGAGCAGUUACUACAGUCCUCAGAAGCUGAAGUCUCGUGAGGUCCUCAGUGUGGAGCAGGAGGGGAUCACGGUGGAGGCGCUGAUGAUGGGAGAGCCCUUCUUCGACUGUCAGGUUGGAGUCGUGGGCUGCCGUGCUGUGUGUCUGAAGGGCAUCAUGGGGGUUCGAGAUUUUGAAGAGAACAUGAACAGAAGAGAGGAGGAUGCCGUGUUCUUCCGCUGCGGUGACACGCUGAGUGUGAAGGGCAUGACGUAUCUGACCAACUCGCUCUUCGACUACCGCAGCCAACAAAACAACCCAAUCAGAACACAAACCAUACUGAAACCUAAACAUGCUACGAUUACAGACUACCUGGAGACGUACACGGAGAACGCAGGCCUGCAGCGCUACGGUGCUUUCUACAUGGAUUAUCUGUACACGAUGGAGAACAGCAGCAGAGUUUGCGUGGGGCUGCAGGAUUUUCCUGCGCUGCGUAAAGACGAGCCGCCGCUGGUGCAGGAGACGUCGGUGAAGAGGAUCGCGGUCGGUCCGUUAGAUGUGCAGCUCCACAGCAGUGCUGUCCACCGCAUCCUGAAGAUGGCCGCUUGCACACUGGACCACGAGUACCAGCCCUACUGCAGACCGCAGCCGGAUGUAGUGGAGGAGUGUGUGUCUGUGCUGCCGGAGCAGGUGUCAGCGCUGGAGGAGUUUAUUCCCAGCCGUCAGACGAGCGUGACGCUGAUGAGAGCCACAGUCACUGUCCCAGCCGCAGAAUACAACCUCCUGCACCUCUUACUUCCUGUUCUGCUGGGACACAAGGUCUCGGCUGCGCAGACGUCUGUCCCUCAGUUCCAGCUGCUGCGUCCUCUGCCUGCACUGCAGCUGCAGUUUGAGCGCAUCACGUUUGAGCAUUCAGUGCCAAUGUAUGAACAGGAAGUGACCCGUGCAGCCAGCAGCCUGAACCAGCCCUCAGACACACUCCUGCACCACUGCUACACACACUGCUACCUGAAGGUCUUUGAGCUUCAGGCUGGUCUGACUGUAAUCGACUCAGAGGGGGUGUUUCAGACGCUCAUUCCCAUAAUUCCUUCUUUCAGUACUGCUCUCUAUGGGAAGCAGCUCCGUUUGCCUGCAUACUGGGGGAGGAAGCCUUCAGUCCCGGUGUGUGAGUGUGUGUUCGAGCUCCCGCAGGUGUGUGUGCAGGCGACGCGAGCGCAGGUGCUGCUGCUGCAGUGCAUGUAUCACAGCUGGACACACAGUGUGGGAGGCGGAGCCUGCAGCAGCAUCAGCGACAGCCUCAUAAGCCACGCCUACAAAACUCCAGGUGUGAAGCCGGUGUGUAGCGCUCCCGUGCUGGAGGUGUGUGUUCAGCGUGUGGAGCUGAAGGUGUGUGUGCGGCCGGCGCUGCUGUGUGUCUCUGGGACUCUGGGAGCCAUGAAAGUGUGUGCUAGAACGCCGGGUGUGUGUGAGGGGCAGAAGGAUCAGCUGGUUCCUCUGGUUCAGGGUCCGUCGGACACCACAGAUCUUCACACGAGCCGCUGGUUGAGCGGGAGCCGUAAGCCGGCGUCUCUCCUGUCUCCUGAUCUCCUGCAGAUCUCACUGCAGCUCCCGCAGCAGGAGCACGUGCACAGCCCCGGUGCAGUGCUGUUGGUGAGCGUUCAGGGCAUCGCUGUCAGUGUGGAUCCGGUUCUGUCCUCCUGGCUGCUGUUCCAACCUCAGAGAACCAGCGGCAACAGACAGACUCCACAGGUUUCCAUGGUGAUGAAGAAGAGGAGGGAGGACGAAGCAUCUGUUGGCAGCACACCACUAACCAAACAGCCCAGUAAUCAGGCAUCAGACUACACUAGCAGUCCUGUGAAGACCAAGACUGUGACAGAGUCGAGGCCUCUCUCUGUUCCAGUGAAGGUUUUUCCAUCAUCUGAAGAAUGUCAUUUGAGUCCAGAGGAGCACAUGAAGAACUUGAUAACACACACCUGGAACGCUGUCAAACACCUCACGCUACAGGUGGAUCUGCAGUCGUGCUGUGUGUUCAUGCCGUCCGACAGCCUCCCGUCUCCCAGCACGCUGGUGUGCGGCGACAUCCCGGGCACUGUGCGCAGCUGGUAUCACAGUCAGGCAUGUAUGCCGGGGACGCUGGUACUCUGUCUGCCGCAGAUCAGCGUGUUGAGCGCAGGACACCGGCGCAUGGAGCCACUGCAGGACGUCCCGUUCACUGUGCCCAGACCCGUGCUGGAGGAGGGCGACGCGUUCCCGUGGACGGUGUGUGUGAGUCGGCUGAGCGUGUACUCUCUUCUGGGACAGCAGCGGUCUCUCAGCGUGCUCGAGCCGGUGGGCUGCACCUCCACGCUGGCGCUCACUGCUCCCAAACUGCAGCCCGACAGCAAAGACACCUUCAUCAUGUGUCUGCAUGUGGACCUGCAGCCGGUGCAGCUGAAAUGCUCCAACCCUCAGGUCCAGCUGGUGUAUGGUUUGUGGUGUCGAUGGAGUCAGAUCUUCAGUGUGUUUGACCAGAUGCAGAGCAGAGGAGCUCAGAGAGCGUCAGCCGGAUUCCCAGAGUCCUCGGACCCCCCCGCUGGACCCUCGUCACCCGUCCACAGCAGUGUGGGCACCAUCCCACCGGACACCAGCACCUACAGCCCGUCAGCUGACCUGGGCUCUCCUACAGAGGGGGAUUCGGCGCACACAGAGGAGCCAGCGGCCGGUGAGACCAUGACUCUGGAGCAGAAGACCUGCAGCAUCAGCUGUCCCUCUUAG